AUGCGGCACCCCGACAAAAACAAGGACCCGGGAGCAGAAGAUAAAUUCAUCCAGAUUAGCAAAGCCUAUGAGAUCCUCUCCAAUGAGGAAAAGAGGGCAAACUUUGAUCGCUACGGAGACGCCGGUGAGAGCCAGGGCUACUCUCAGCAUCGCCAGUUCCAUCACUUCCACGAAGGCUUCUAUUUUGACGAGUCCUUCUUCCAUUUCCCCUUUAAUUCGGAGAGGCGCGAUGCCUCCGAUGAGAAGUAUUUGCUGCAUUUCUCACACUACAUCAAUGAAAUUGUGCCAGAUAGUUUCAAGAAACCUUACCUCAUUAAGAUCACCUCAGACUGGUGUUUCAGCUGCAUCCACAUCGAGCCCGUGUGGAAAGAAGUUGCUCAGGAAUUGGAGGUGCUGGGAGUGGGAAUCGGAGUCGUUCAUGCCGGCUACGAGAGACGCCUGGCCCAUCACCUCGGCGCACACAGCACGCCAUCAAUUCUGGGGCUGAUCAACGGGAAAAUAACGUUCUUCCACAACGCCGUCGUUCGCGAAAACCUGCGGCAGUUUGUGGAGAAUCUUCUGCCAGGGAAUCUCGUUGAAAAGGUUACAGAUAAAAACUACAUCCACUUUCUGUCUAACUGGAAGAAAGAAAAUAAGCCCCAUGUCCUUUUGUUUGAUCAUAUGCCACUUGUGCCAUUAUUAUACAAGCUGACUGCCUUUGCAUACAGAGAUUACUUGUCCUUUGGUUACGUGUACGUUGGACUCAGAGGCACCGAAGAGUUGUCCAGUCAGUACAACAUCAAUGUUUAUACUCCUACCAUGAUGAUCUUCAAGGAGCAGACCGACAAACCCGCUGAUGUUGUGCAGGCCCGAGACAUGAAGAAGCAGCUCAUUGACGACUUCCUUUCCCAGAAUAAAUUCCUCAUGGCAACCAGGCUCACCAGCCAGAAGCUGUUCCAGGAGCUGUGUCCUGUGAAGAAGUCCCAUCGUCAGCGAAAGCACUGUGUGGUCUUACUUACCAGAGAAGGUGAUAAGUUCUCUGAGGCUUAUGAGGCAUUUUUGGCUUUUGCUGUGGCCAACACCAGAGACUCCCUGAGGUUUGUGCAUAUCUACAAUGAUCGUCAGCCGGAAUUUGCCGACGCCUUCCUGGGGGAUGACGAGAAGUACCAGGGAAGAUCGGCCGUGGUGAUUUUGGAAAGGCGUGACAAUGCAGGGAGAGUUGCCUAUAAAACCUUGGAGGAGGCCUGGCAAGGCAGCAGAGAAGAUAACUUCAUCCUCCUGGAUCUUCUGGAUCAGUUGAGGACAGAUCCCAGUUUUCUCUCCUCGGACACUGUCCUGACAGACUUGAAUGAUGAACUUGCUCCCAUAUUCCUUAUCCGCUGGUUUUACUCCACGCUGGAUUACAUCUCAGACUGCUGGGACAGUUUGUUUCAUAAUAACUGGCGAGAAAUGAUGCCCCUGCUGUCCUUGCUCUUCUCUGCGCUCUUCAUUCUUUUCGGCACUGUUAUUGUUCAGGCUUUCAGUGACUCAAGUGAUGCAAGAGAUUCUCCUCCACCUGAGAAAGAAGAAACAACCACGAAAGCUGAAAAGAACGACACGAGCUUCAGCAAAGAGAGUAGCAGCAGGGUUCCCAAAAAGGGCUUCGUGGAGGUGACCGAGCUAACGGACAUCAACUAUAACAGUAACCUGGUACGCCUGAGGCCAGGCCACAUGAACGUGGUCUUGAUCCUUUCCAACGCGACCAAAACCUCUUUGCUGCAGAAGUUUGCCCUGGAAGUCUACACGUUCACGGGGAGCAGCUCUCUGCAUUUCUCCUUCCUCAGCCUGGACAAGCACCGCGAGUGGCUGGAAUACCUGCUGGAGUUCGCGCAGGACGCGGCCCCCAUCCCAAACCAGUACGACAAGCAUUUCCUGGAGCGCGACUACACGGGCUACGUGCUGGCGCUCAACGGCCACAAGAAAUACUUCUGCCUCUUCAAGCCGCACAGAGCCGGGGACGAGGGGGGAACGCUAGGGGCGUGCGAGGAUUACGAGUCCUCGCUGCACACCGAAGCCAGGGGGAAAUCCUCCUGCAGCCCGGGAUCUAGAUCCAUUAAAAACAAAUUGCACAAAUUGUCCUUUUGGAUGGAACGCCUUCUAGAGGGUUCCUUACAGCGGUUCUAUAUCCCCUCGUGGCCUGCACUAGACUGAGGGAUUUUAAAGAGAUUCUAAACAUAGACUUUUUAUGGAGAUGACAAGGGACAGUUCUUUCCAGGAAUAAACAAUCAAUCACAACGAGCAAACCUUAGGUUUUAGAUGAACUCUCCUAGGGCCAGCAAAUAGAAAUAUCUCCCCGUGUCUCAAACCUAGGAGCACAACGAAGCGCUCCGAAAGUCCCUCUACCAAAUCGUCCUUGCAUUUGGAUGCUCUACUCUCCAAG